AUGUCCUUGACUGCAAAAAUACUUGUUUUUGCUCUGAGUGGUUUCCUAAGAGUGGCAACAGGCUUUGACAUUGGAUUAUCCACGAAAUGUGUAGUGAUACCCAAGGAGAUGGACAUGUGCCACAAGAUUGGCUACUCUGAAAUGAGGCUUCCCAACCUGAUGGGACACACAAGCAUGGCAGAGGUUAUCCUAAAAUCCACCACCUGGCAGCACCUUGCGCACACAGACUGUCACCCUUACGUGAGGACAUUCCUGUGCUCCCUGUUUGCACCCAUCUGUUUAGAUACGUUUAUCCAUCCUUGUAGGAGUAUGUGUGUUGCUGUCCGUGACAGCUGCACCCCCGUGCUCGCCUGCCACGGACACCCCUGGCCUGACAGUCUGGACUGUGAUCGAUUCCCUGCGGAUGAGGACAUGUGCCUGGCAUCUCUUACAAAGGAAUAUAAAUACUUGCACAAAGUCUUACCAAAGCCUGCCUGCCAGGCCUGCCCAGCAGUGGAGGAAUUCUUUACGCACAAAAGAGUUCUGGAAGUUUUCUGUGACAAUAACUUUGCAGUGAAAGUAAAGCUGUCCAAAAAGAGAACAGUAUUUGGUGAUCAAGGGUAUAACAUUGAAUGCCAAGUGGAAUUCAUCACCCAGGGCUCACUCUUGCCUUAUGAAACUCAGAGUAUGAUACAACAGUGGCUGCUUAUCAAUGAAAACUGUACGCAGAGGAUGACUCCGACCCAUCGUCCCAUGGUGUAUCUCCUUGUGGGGAACAUUGAAGAGGGCAUCAUUUUAGUAAACCAGGUUUAUCGUUGGCAGAGGAGGGACUCCCAGCUGACUUUGGCCACUCAGAAGUGGAGAUACCAUAAAUGCUUGUAA